UUUCCGCUAGGUGCCGCUGAUCGCCUCAAGGCACUCUGUCCUUCGUCUCGAUAAAAGUUGCCUGUGUUGUUUGUUUUACGCAAGCGCAAUAUGAGCUGUUUGUCUUGUUUCUCUGGUCGAGUUACUUGCGAGAGGGAAUCGAGUGUCAGUUUCUGUGGAGACAACCAAGUGUACCCCGCAAUAGGACUUUCUCUGUGAGGAGCGGAGAGGUGGCGGGGGAGGAAGAUCUGGGGAUUCAUAAUUGUAGCAGCAGCAGCAGGUGAUGCAUUGCUUACAACCGACAAUCGAGGGGAAAUACAAAGCUGUAUAUUCUGUAUAUAAUUUUUGGUGUUUUUUUUUUUUUUUUUUUUUAAAGCAGAGCGGAAUUGUGCGUUGAAUUUUGCUUUGGCAAAAGGAGUAACUAUUCUAAAGCUCAGAGUCUGUUUAACUAUUAUUUCUGUUAGUGUUUGGAACCCGAUAUUGCUGUGGUGAACUCGGUUUGGGAUUUUAGCAGUACACUGACGCGGACCUUGGAUAAUUGAAAUAGUCAAGAUGAUGCGCUUUCUGCGUCGGACCUUCGGCCGGCAGUCGAUGAGGCGGUAUCAAUCACCAGAUGAGCGGGACGGGAAAAGCACAGGCGGUGUUGGGACGCUCCCACACCCGCACUUGCACCAGCAGCAGCUGCAUCACGUCCCGACCGUGGUGACUGGAGGAGCCGUGGUUCACAUCCCAGCGGCGGGCAACAGUAAGUCGGUGCUGACCUGCCGGGUCCUGUUGUUAGAUGGGACAGAUGUCAGUGUCGAUCUACCGAAAAAUGCAGAGGGACAGGAUCUCUUUGAACAAAUUUUGUUCCAUUUGGACUUGGUGGAAGUAGAUUAUUUUGGCUUACAAUACAUGGAUGCAGAACAGGUUUCUCACUGGCUAGAUUACACGAAGCCUAUAAAGAAGCAAAUAAAAAAUGGACCUCCGUACACUUUACACUUCAGAAUAAAGUUCUACUCUUCAGAGCCAAACAACCUUCAUGAAGAAUUUACAAGGUACCUGUUUGUGUUACAGCUUAGACAAGACAUCCUUUCGAGCAAAUUAAAAUGUCUGUAUGAUGUUUCUGUAGAACUGGCUGCCUACUGUCUACAAGCCGAGCUCGGAGACUGUGACCCUCAAGAGCACUCCCCCGAGCUGGUGUCGGAGUUCAGGUUCAGCCCCAAUCAGACAGAGGCCAUGGAGCUGGACAUCUUCCAGAAAUGGAGAGAGUUCAGGGGGAAAAGCCCUGCUCAAGCAGAACUGAGCUUUCUGAAUAAAUGUAAAUGGCUGGAGAUGUACGGAGUAGAUAUGCAUGUGGUAAAGGGCCGAGACGGCUGUGACUAUGCACUGGGACUCACGCCAACAGGGAUAUUGGUCUUUGAAGGGCCCAACAAAAUAGGCUUGUUCUUCUGGCCAAAAAUUACCAGGAUGGAUUUUAGAAAGAGGAAGCUGACUCUUGUUGUAGUGGAAGAUGAUGAACAGGGCCGUGAACAGGAGCACACGUUUGUUUUUCGGUUGGAUAAUGCCAAGUCAUGUAAGCACUUGUGGAAGUGUGCGGUGGAGCACCAUGCUUUCUUCCGGUUGAGGCAGCCGACGCAUGGCAGGGCGGGCAAAAACGACUUUGUGCGCCUCGGCUCCCGGUUCAGAUUCAGUGGUCGAACAGAGUAUCAGGCAACUCACGGCAGACUGCGGCGGACAAGCACGUUUGAAAGGAGGCCCAGUAAACGGUACCCGUCACGAAGGCAGUCCACUGUUAAAGCAAGCAAUCCAGCAAAAGCCGCACACCUGAGUGCUCAGAACAACCCAGAUGCUAAUAUUUAUCCGGCUCAAUAUAAACAAAACAUUCCCUCAGCUCACGAGCACUGGCAUGCUGCCCAUCCUGUACAGCCUGCUCAGCAGCUUCACCUCGCAUACCCUGUGGGUGGAAGCUACCCCCUGAAAGCAGUGCCAGCCCUGAAGAACACGCAUCUGGAUCAGUUCAGUAUAGAGGAGAACGGAGGAACUCCCUAUACCAGCAAAGUUUUAGGAAGAUGCCAACAUCAUCACCAUCACCACCACCCCAGCUACGGACUCAUCACCAUGGACUGCAGAGAUGCCCUAGCAACCGUCCAGAAUGUGAACAAGCUGAACUGUGGGAUUGCGUGCAGCUACGAAGAGACGGCGGCCCGUCUGAAGCAGGUCGAGGUGGAGGCGAACAAGGUGUCUGGACCCUGGCCAGCUCUGCACAUCAAUAUCAAUAACAAGGGUGAGGAGAAGCGGCUGUCUGAUAAGAGCCUGCAUUCCCCUGCCGCUCCUUCGGCAGUCCCUGACCACAUGAAGUGUAACAUUCUCAAAGCACAGAUGGACGCAGCCUUCAGGGUGGGGACACAGGUUCCGAAAGAGGAGGGAGCCAUGUCGGACCACAGUGCGCAGGAACACGAUGGGAGGGGUCCAGCAUCUUUGCAGGAUAAAUGGGCAUCAUCCGCAGCACCGGAAAAACGUGAGACCAAACCUCCCCGUCUCAAGAAGCUGGUCAGGCAGUACAGCUUCAGUCACAGCGAUGAGGACGACCUCCCUGCUGCCCUGGCUAUGAUUUCUGGUGAGAGCAGCACAGAGAAGACAGCAUCCCAGACAGUGUCCCAGACAUCCCCCUCCUCUGAGGGGCCAGCAGCCAGUGGAACCAAGAAUCCCCCAGAGGGAGCUGGUAAAAUGGCCUUGGAACCCGGUGAUCUGUUAAUGGACUUCACGGAGGCAAUACCUCUGAUAAAAACAGUACCUUCUGACCCAGCAGAAUCCUUUUUUGAUCCAUUUUCAUCUGUGCCACAAUUCCCAUUCAGCAAGGUAGAUUUGCCGGUCUUGGACAAGCGGUUGACAUGCUGCAAUCGUCCCUCAUCUCCAGUCCAGCUGCAGCUGCGUUCCCAUGGACAUUCAGGACGACUGCAGACGGACCCACUGCCAUCCCCGCAGGCAGUGCAGAGAAAUGCAGCCCUGAUGGACAGUGCUGAGGCUUUGAGACGAGAGAUGGAGAGAGAGAAGUUGCUGAAAAGGCUUCUGAUGACAGAGCUGUGAGAAGCUCAGGGACCCGAGGCUCAGUGGCCAAUCGGAGUCUUUUUACACCUAGGAACUCGAGAGCGGAUAUCUGCAGACUACCGGCCUCUGGAGGACAAAGACCAGACCAGCAAAACCACGCCCCCAAGCUCACUCGGCACCUGGCCUGUAGGGGCCCGUAACUGAUAUGGAUUCAUAAUUAUUAUCUGCCAUAAAAUAGCGACAGAAAGUUUGACGAGUUCAACAUACUGAUUGUAAAUACUCGUUACACACUGUUAGCCAUUUCUAACUAUAGCUUUAUUAUGUGCGUACAUACUUUUCAUGCUCCAAACGCUUCAGCGCUGCUGCCUUAACCCCAGUAUUUCUGUUCACUAAAAUGCAACAGAAAGUUUCAAACCUGUAUUUACACAAGGGGCUGCAUUCUGAGACACAUAUACAUGUUACUUUCAAAUCAAGUAUAUUUAAGAAAUACUGUAAAUGAAAAUGUUAAUUUAUUGUUUUCUUUGUCAUUUCUUUCUUUGUUUUUCUUCCCCCCCCCCCCCAUAAAGUUUAUACUCUCCUGUUUAUACUGUUCAAUCUUUGCAUUGAAAAAGCUGUACAUAAUUCAUAAUGUUUAUAUUUAGCUGGAUGAACAAUUUAGUAAUAUGAGUGUAUCAGUAUAAUUUCACGACAGCAUGUCUCUUGUUGGAACCUGGAAAAUAAAUACUUUUC